UGUUUUGUUUUGUUAUCUGUGCAAUUUGUCAACCUUGGCAUCUGGCCUAGAGUUCUGUAUCUUUUCUUUGUUGUGACUUUUGCUUUGGGCCUUGAAUUAAAAGAGAUCACAUUUAUCAAGGCAUUGAGACAUCACAGUGGUCUACCACACACCACUCUUCAACACUAUGAGAGGUUAGUGUUGACAAACGGACUUCGUUGAUGGAACGCCUACGCUUUUGGAGUUUAAAACUACACUAACCGACUAUGGCUGCUGUACGCGCUGGGUCCUCUGGAGACUUUCUAGAUGAUGACGAACCUGCUCUCGUUAUUAAUGCAUCUAAAAGCAGAGAGACAUCUUAUGGUACAUCCUCACUAAGCCAGCCGCCUGUGGUUGAUAGCAAUGACUGGAUCAAGGCCCGUUUUGUUGUAGGAUUUAUGGGCUUUUUGGGUCUUGCCUUAGUUUAUGCCAUGCGAGUCAAUCUGUCGGUGGUAAUUGUAGCAAUGGUUAAUAAUACUAAACCUCCAGAUGAUAUCAAUGUCACUGUGCCAGAUGCCUGUCCAGGUCCUUCUGGUCCAGCACCUCCUCCGCCAAAACAAGGAGAAUUCGAUUGGGAUGCUCGUACUCAGGGAAUCAUUUUGGGAUCAUUCUUUUAUGGGUAUGUGCUUACUCAAGUACCUGGUGGUAGAUUGGCAGAGCAGUAUGGAGCCAAAACUAUUUUUGGCUGGGGUAUCUUCAUUACUGCGAUUUUUACACUACUCAGUCCUCCUGCUGCAAGAAUGGGGGAAGGAGUUUUCAUAUUUGUCAGAGUACUUGAAGGAUUGGGUGAGGGCGUUACGUUUCCAUCCAUGGUUGCUAUGUUGGCUCGCUGGAUUCCUCCUCUGGAAAGGAAUACAUUUGCAGCUGCUGUUUAUUCUGGAUCAAACUUUGGAACAAUUAUUUCAAUGCCACUCUCAGGGUACUUAGCCUCUGUUGAAUGGAUGGGAGGAUGGCCUUUGGCUUUUUAUGUCUUUGGUGGCCUAGGUGUAAUCUGGUGUGUGGUUUGGUGGCAGAUCAUUUUUGACUCUCCUUCAACUCAUCCCAGAAUUAGUGCUCAAGAGAGGGAGUACAUAUUGGCUAGUUUAGGACCAGAGAAUUCCCAAGACAAGGACGAUAGUGAUUUUCCAUGGGUGGACAUUUUCUGUUGUGUCCCCUUUUGGGCAAUUAUGGUCAGUCAAUGUGGGAUGGCAUGGGCAUUUUACACACAGCUAACAGAAAUGCCCACCUACAUGGCCCAUAUUUUGAAGUAUAGUUUGCAGGCUAAUGCAGUGUUAACAUCCAUCCCCUACCUUACCUCUUGGAUCAGCAGUUUGUUAUUCUGUCGGUUAGCUGAUUGGCUGAUUGAAAAGGAAUAUUUGUCACCAGUGGCCUCUAUGAAAAUUUUUAAUUCAUUAGCAUCUGUUGUUCCAUCAAUUGGCUUCAUUGGAGCUGCUCUUGCUGGCUGUGAUCGUCAACUUGUUAUGGUGAUAAUUAGUCUGACUGGUGCAUUUGUUGGAGCUCAGUAUGCUGGUAACCAAAUGAAUCAUAUUGCACUGAGUCCUAGGUAUGCUGGCACAAUGUAUGGUAUGACAAACGGUGUCGCCAAUCUUUGUGGUUUUCUUGCACCCUACACAAUUGGGUCAAUUAUCAACAACCAUGAGACAGUUGGCAGAUGGCAACUGGUAUUUUUCUUAGCAGCAGCAGUUAACAUUAUCACAAACUUAGUAUACAUUAUUUUUGGCUCGGCAAAGGAGCAACCAUUCAAUCAUCCCAAUCCAAAGCCAAGCUACCUCUCAGAAGUUGAUGAACAGACGGAGCCUCUUCUCGGUGUAUCAGAAGUCUUGCAUAGAUAGGUCUUCAGUAACAGCCUCUUUUGUGGUAAGGAGGCUGACACCAUUCUUUAGCAAAUUUAACACUUGCAGGAUACAGUCAACACUUAACCUUGAAAUGCCUGGAUUAUUAUUCAAAUCAUCAGACUUGUUUGAUUAUUUUUCUAUGCCAGUUAAACUAAGCACAAAAAGAAGACAUGUGAUACCUAAUUUGUAUGAUGGUGUUCUCACAUUCCAGGUGACUUUUAAAUGCAUGGUCGGUCCAGUGUCUUGAUAUUAUUAUUAUUUGGUUUUUGAUCUGUGAAGUCUUUGACUGUAUGUUUAGUUAAUACAAUUUAUAUACUCGGUACAUAAAAUCUAAUCUAAAAUAGAUGGAGCUCAGAAAAGCAUUUGUUGAAGCAGUAUUCUUUAAGGUAUUUUGUUAAUCUCUUGUUUUUAUACCUUUUGUAUAUUUUUUAGGAGUGUUGCUUCAUGUGUGGUCAAAAACUUUGUAUUAUUUUAUUACAAAGAUGUCACAUAUGGCAGAGUAGUUCUGUUUUAAAGUUGUAUGGUGUACAAAGGUUUGAGUUAGCUCAUUUUAAUACGAAAAUGACUUAAGUACAUAGUAAACAUUUAAAAAAAAUUAGUAUAAUUGACUUUUUGUCAAGGCAGUUAAAGAAGUAUUUCUUCUUUUAAGGAACAGUCUGUGACUUUAUUGCAGGUAUAUAUAUAUGCUGUGAUAUUUUAUGCGCUGUGAAGAAAUGUGUGGGAGCAGUCAGAUUUGGUUUAAAAGUUUAGAGUUUUCGAUUUGUCACAAUUUGACUAGCCUCCCCCCCUUGACUCUGACAUUAUAUUCAAAAUUGAGUUUUUAUCCGUUAUGAUAAAUGGGGCUAAUAUAUUCUAUGAUAUGGGUGUGAAAUUAUUUGAGUACAAUAUGUCAAUUUUUGAUUCUGGAUAAUGCAUUGACAUGUUAUUGUCUGGUCUAUCUGUGCCUGAACAUGACCUUAUUCUACUUAUUUGAACUCAGUGGAUUUUUUAAUUUUUUAAAUACUGAUAUGUAUGGAAUAUUAUUAUACCAUUCCCUGCAGAGAAAAUGUUCCUAUAGACUCUUUAUUGAACGAGUCAAAAUGGUGAUUUUUAGCACCCUUUUAUCAAGAAGCUGCUGAUCACCUGCAGUCAUGUAUUGGUGGAUAAUUUGUGUACUUCGCCGAAUUUACACAUAUGUUAGUGUAAAAAAUAAAUAAACUUUAUUUUCAUACAA